CUUAGGGCCUGAAGGACCCAGCUAUGGGAGAGAGAUCUAGAUCAUUAUUUAAGAGUCCGUCUUGCCUGUGAGCCCCUCCGUGGCAUCCUUUCGGGGUGAGGGAUGUGAUGAUGGUAAUGAUGAUAGAGCUCAGCAGGACCAUCUGCCAGCAUGCUGCCAGCCCUCUUUGCACAGGAGGCUGUGGAAAAGGCUCACCCGUGCUGAGGCUCUGGGGUGGGACAGCUCUUGCCUUCCCCAGAUCCUGUCGAGAUCCCUGACACACGGGCUGUGUCCUGGUAAAGUCCUGGGAGAGGAAGAGGUUUUGAGGAAUACCGUUCGGCCUGCUGUGGUCCCUCAGGGAAGGAAGGGUGAGAUCCUGCAUCUGACAGAGACAAGCCCAUGCUGGGUGCUACUGUCCCAGGGUGAUGAUGGGGUCGCUUGAGAUCUGUCUUAGCUUUUUCUUACAGCAGCGUGCUUGUGACAGACCAUUGAUUCAGAGUCCUCGGGCUAGAAAAGAUUGGAGAAAUUCUGAACUAACCUUCCCUUCUGUUGUGGUGUUUUGUUUUGUUAUGUUUUUUUUUUUUAAACAAAGCUUCUCAGGAAAGUGACCUUAAGGAUUGGCCACCCAACAUUCACACAGUCCUUAUGCUGUAGCAAUGUAUACAUGUAUGGUUAGUGAUGAAUAGCAACUCAAUAUGGAGGAGGGAAGUGUUUGAAAGGUAUAUCCCAACAGACUGACUGCCUGUUGUGUCUUGCUCAAGUGGAUACAACUGCCUGAAAGAAGGGGGCUUGAUUCUUGAUGACUUUCUGCCUUUGGGCAACAGGGUAAAGAAUGGGGACUCAUAUUUGCUUGACAAACAUCUGGCUCCUGUUUUCACUGUUGUACUGUUAAAAGUGCAGUUCUUUUCUUGUGCUCUUCUUGGUGCUCAGUUGCCAGCAUUUUCUGAGCCUGGUUUGUGGAAGUCAGUGCUGUGGUUUCAUUUCCCCUUUUAAGAUUCUUCGUGCUGCGGUGUUUGCUUUUUGGAUGCAGAGCAGGGAUAUGCGCUUGUAUGAACACCAACGUGUUCAAUUGUUUUUUUCUUGGAAGAAAUAGCAUGUCCCCAGUUUCCUCUCCUCCCCCAGCCAUUUCCAGGCAGCCUGAGAUUGCAAGAUUGUGGUUUGGCCCAACAAAAGGCACUUCAAGUCCCAAUCUUGCAGUCCAAGCUGAAAUGAGCCCUGAUUGCAGGAUAAGUGGGAGCAAAGAAGCAGAGAAAGGAAAGGUCUGUGGGAAACGAGAGACAUGAUCCUAAGCAAUAUAUCGGGAGAAAUAAACAGGGAGGGGGAUUGGCUGGCAGGUGAGAAAGCUAGUGCUGCAGGCUUGGCUCCUUUGUGCCCAACCCCCCCCCCCCCCCCCCCCCCCCCCCCCCCGAUUUCCCCUGUGGCCUCUGGGCAAGCAACUCACUGGCCCCAUUAUCUAAAAUGGGAAUAAUGAUUAUUUUGCUGCCUCAGGGAGACUUGCAAAGGCCUCCAGUUGCCUGGCUUCUCUUGCCUUGGGUCCCCACACGUUGCAGAUGCAGUCACCUGGGGUGCAGGGGUGACAGUGGGUUGAGGGGGGUGAAAGGGAAGCACACUGGGAAAAGGUGGGAGAGAAGGGUGGAGUGAAUGGGAGGAGGGAGGAGAGGAAAAGCAAACAGAUGAAGCCUCAAAAGCUGUUAAAAGAAUUGUAAAAACAGCUACAGAUUACCUUGCAUGGGGUUUAAUGCACAUUUUUAAUGCUGCAGUUACCCCUGGAUGGUCAUGCCCGCAAGGGAGAGGUGCCUGCUGGAGCAGCAGGUUCUCUGCAAGAGUGCUGUUUGCUCUGUUGAGUGGUAUUUGCUUUUGGCAGGUAUGCAGACCUGGCUCCUUUGGGGAGGGCUGGCCCCAUGUGCAGGACAGCAGAGAAGCUGGCUCUCCACCCUGCCCGCCACACAGGAAAGCAGAGGCCUCAUCCUCCUCAGCACUAAGGAGCUGCCGGGCUGUGCUCCCCUGUGGAACAGGCGGCAUGGCUGUUUUAGGACCGCUGUUAGGCAAGGGCCGUGGGAGGGGAGAGCAAAGGGCUCCCUGGUGCCGUGAGGAGAUGUCCAGGCAAGCCUGGGGGACUUGGGCCAGUCUGCUGCAGUGGUGGCUGGAGUGCCAGUGACCUCCUCUGGAUUUCCUGAGCUGGGGCAGAUCUAGGUAGCUGGGGAAGGAACUUCUGACUUCCCUGUCUUCUUUUCUGUUCCCCAUGAGGAACCCCUGGGAUUAGCAGUGGUGGCAUGGUAAUCCCGUUUUCUCCAGCCUGAGCCAGAAGAGCCUCUGGCCCAUUGGGUUUGGCACUACAGGAGUGGACUUUGCCUGGCCAAGCCCCUGGAGAUUGCAACAGCUUUGACAGGGAGAGCCUCCAUAAGGUGGUCUUGGCCCAGCUGAAUACUCUUAGAAGUCUCCUGUGCUGCAGAAAAGUCUGUCUCUGAAAAUAUUUCAAAAGACAGCAGAAGUUUUAAGCCCUCUGGACAUGAUGGAGAGGCUGGUCACAGCAGACUUGGCCCCUCUUUAACAGGUGGAGGCUGUUCCCUGGUCCACUCUGUGUUGUGUUUGCAACAGGUUCACAUGAAGUGAGACACGUAUGGCACCUUCCUCCUGUAGCUCACCUGAGUACCCUGCAAACAGCAAUUUGUGGUUGUAGCAGUCUGGGAGACUGGUAAAUAAACAUAACUAGUUCCUACAAAUAAGGAAUGCUGGUGAGCCAGUGAUGAACACCACAGAAACACCUGUGUAUGAUUGCUUACCUUAUAUUUGUCUCAGGGCACAUGAUCUCCACAGGUCUAAAUGGAGCCAAAAGACUGAUGUGGUAGUCUGUACCGUUGACAACCUCUAUGCCAGAGUAAUAACAAGAACCAAGCCAUGGGUUCUGCACAUCCAUUCCUUGUACGUGAUACUCUGGCCCAUCAUCUUGCUGCAGCUUUUCUGGUGCUUUGCCGGUUAGUACAAGAGGACAAGGACCUCUGCCUUGUGAGUAGCCGAGGAGGCACAAAGUCGGAGGCUGAAGAGGUUGGUGAGGGCAAACAGUCCUGAGAAGGCUCAUUGUGCUAUGCCACACUCCCUAAAAUGUCGAAGGCCUUGGGUGUUUUCCCUACGGCUGAAAAGUGCUUGGUAUUUACGCUUCUGCUAGUGGUGCCCACUGGUGUAACUGAAGGAAAUGCUGCUCUGGGGACAGUGCACAUCUCUUCAGAAGUGUGGAGCUGCAAAAUGCAGUGAAGAAAGGAGCUCAUGCUUCCACCUCCAAGAGAGGUGGAAGGGCCAAGAGAGGUGAAAGACAAGCAUCCAGGAGCCUGGUCUUGAAGCAGAACACGCCUGGUUUAUACAACGCCAAAUGCCAGAAAGGCAGUCUCAGCGCAGAAGCGUUUACAGGCAACAUCUCUGGCUGUAACACAGCAGCUCAGCACCGCUUCCUCAAUGGCCUGUCCUCAGAGGGGAGAGAGCAGGGCGGUAGCCCAGAAAGACCAUGGUUCUUAUGCUGCAGGUAUGGAUGGGAAGAAAUGCAGCGUGUGGAUGUUUUUACCUCUUGUGUUUACCCUGUUUACAUCGGCUGGAUUAUGGAUAGUCUAUUUUAUAGCAGUGGAAGAUAACAAAAUUCUCCCACUAAAUGUACCAAAUAGGAAACCUGAUUCCAAAAGACCACCUUAUAUAAGUAUUGCAGGUGAUGCACCUCCUGCAAGCUGCGUGUUUAGCCAAGUCAUGAACAUGGCGGCAUUUCUAGCGCUUGUUGUGGCUGUCCUGCGCUUCAUACAGCUGAAGCCCAAGGUGCUAAACCCUUGGCUGAAUGUCAGCGGCCUGGUGGCAUUGUGCUUGGCCUCUUUUGGGAUGACUCUCCUUGGCAACUUUCAGCUUUCCAAUGAUGAGGAGAUCCACAAUGUGGGCACGUCACUGACCUUUGGCUUUGGGACCUUGGCGUGCUGGAUCCAGUCUGCCCUCACUCUCAAGAUCAACCUGAAGAACGAGGGACGUAAAGUGGGGAUUCCACGAGUCGUUCUAUCGGCCAGCAUCACCCUCUGCGUGGUGCUCUAUUUCAUCCUCAUGGCACAGGGCAUCCACAUGCAUGCUUCCAGGAUCCAGUGGGGCUUGGUGAUGUGCUUCCUGUGCUACUUUGGCACCUUUGCGAUGGAGUUCAGGCACUACAGAUUUGAGAUCGUUUGCUCUGAGUACCAGGAAAACUUUCUGACCUUUUCCGAAAGCUUAUCGGAAGCCUCUGAGUACCAGACAGAUCAAGUGUAGCCUGUCUGUAGCCUGUCCUCUCAUAAGCGGGAGGUGGGGCAGGAGUGGUUUCAUGGGUUAAACAUGACCUCAUUUACACUUUUUUGAUGAGUUUGUUUUCAUGUGCAAUCAUGAUCAUAUUGCCAAAGGGCUCUGAGGGCAGCUGUCUCAUUAAGAGCCAAAACCAGCUGUCUGCUGCAAGAGGAAUGGAUCCUUCUCAACAGCAGCAUGAGAGAGCACAAGCUCUUUGGUUUGUGCUACCAGUGACUCUUUCUCAGAAGCUCUUGUUGCACUCCUGUUGCUCAAGACAUUCAAUAGCUGGUCCUUGCAAUGCACCUCUGAGACAGACACUCAUAGAAUCAUAGGAUGUUCUGAGUUGGAAGGGACCCACAAGGAUCAUUGAGUCCAACUCCUCAGCCUCUUCUGCAGAGGAGGAGGUGAAGGAAAUUGACCUCUCCAGGCACCAAGAGUCUUCAGAAGUCACUGGUUCUUGAGUCACUAGACUUCGUCUUUUGUUAUGCUUCCUUGUGUGGUUUUCUUUGCUGUCAACUGGUGUAACUUGGUAGGGUGAGUAAGAGCAGCUCUUUCUUCUGGGCUUGGAAUCGGGCAGUGGAAGACCCCAACUGACUGGCAUUUAUGGUGCACAAACAGACAUUUCUUCCAGACUGGAAAGCAGGCAAAUGUAAAGCCACGUUUGGGAGAAACUGUGCUGUGAUCAGAAGUGAGACUUGGCUGGUGCCACAGCUGAGUGAACCAUCCUCACCUCAGAGGAGAUGGCACAGGGGUGCUGUGCUGGACUUCGUGUUUCAAACUCAGCGGUGGGGACCAGUGGAAGUGAGGUGCACAGAAGGAGGUCAAAGAAAUUAAGACAGGAAUUAAGACGGGAAUGCCUGUGUGCUCUGAAGACAACCCAGAAAAGGCUGCUCUUUGUAAGUAAGUGUGUAGUGCUUCCACCACAUACCAUGUGUAAUAUUUCAAAAGCUUUUUUUUUUUUUCACUUUGUUUACUGAAGGGGGAAAAAUUGAGUUAGAGGCACUGGGCUUCACUGGAAUGAAAACAGAACUGGUGUAAGUGGUGUUGGGCAUAGGGUUUAGUUGUGCUCCUUAUGCACUUACAAGUCAAACUUCAGACAGGCUGACAUUUCUCCAGACCCCUCAGCAUGGCCAGUUGUCCUGAGUGGAGUCUGUCACACCAAGACAUGAAGGUUUAAGUCACCACAGGGAGGCAGUUCUGCUCUGGAGGUUGGGUGACAUUGGCCGGAGGGAUGGAGGUACAGGAAAGAACUGGCAAAAUCAGAAGGGCUUCUCCCUCCUUGAAGGAAGGUUUUCACACAGAAGGUCUGUUUUCAAAGAAAAAGCAGGAGCCCAAAGCCCCUGUUUGAAAACCUGUUUUUGGGAAGGUUGCUGUCUUGGCUGGGCAGGAGAGCGAUGGGAGUUGCUUCUCAUGAGCACAGGUCCUGUUUUCCUCUGCGAGUCAGGCUCAGCUUGUGUUUGCAUUGUGCGUGAGCUGCAGGAAAAUAUGCAGAAACAAAAAUGGUGGCAGAAGUCACUUGAAGGGGAACCCAUACCGCACCGUGGCAUUUCUGAGAGAUAAAGGGUGCGAGGGCAUCCUGUUUUCUGCAAAGGUCAGAGGCCUCUCCUGAAAAGAGAAACAAUCAAGAAAACCUUCUGUCAAAACUAGUCUAUGUAGAAAGCUUUCAGCAAGCCCUUUAUCUUCUGUGGGCCAAAAUUUGUUCUCAGGCAGCUGUGGUGUAAAUCCAGAGCAUCUCCAGCCAAGGGAGGCUUGUUGCUGGGCUGCUGAAGGUCGCCUCCUUGUAGCUAUGUCAUUAGUGGCAACCUUUCUUGAAGGGACAUGUGCUGAGGAUGGCCCACACAGCAGCGUGAAGGACAGGGGACCCCAGUACCCCAUCCCCAGAGCUCCUCCUGGAUGAGGGCAGGUGCAGUUGGGAUCCACUUCCAUGGGCACAUGCACUCAAUGCAUGUGGAGCACAAAAUAGUGAUUUAAGGGUGUUUUACUGUAAAUAGUUCACUGCGACUUUUUUUUUCAAAGUCAAUGCUUUCAUUUUAUCAUUUCAUAUUUUGUAAUUUUAUCAAAGUAAAAAAAAAGCUGUGAUUUUUUUUCCCCUGUCCUUUUCCUAUAUGCAAUCCAAACUGAACUUCAGGUUUUUGGUGAUAACUCUGUACAUUUCUUACAGUAUUUCUAACAGCACAUUUCAGUAUAAGUAAAUGACAACCGAUAUACACUGAAACAUGACCACUAAAUAAACUGCUUUUAUGGAGAAA